CGCCCCCUCCCACAAUCAGCUGGUUCCUGACGUCACGUCGUCUCCAAUCGAUCCAAUCUUCAUCAACACCAACAUCCUAUAGCCACAAUGUCCCGCACCGUCCAGAUCCCCACCGAUGUCCAGGACGCCUUGAAAAAGUUCCGCUUCACUCACUCCAAGGGCAAUGCCGCCAUCUCGAUCAAGAUCGUCAAGGCGAGCCUCACCAUGGCCGUAGACGAGGAGUUUGUUGAUGUUUCCGUCGAGGAAAUUGCCGAGGAGCUGCCGGAGAACUCGCCGCGCCUCGUCCUGCUCUCCCACGAGCUUAAACACAAGGACGGGCGAGUGUCGUACCCCCUCCUCCUUAUCAACUGGAUGCCUUCGACAGCGCCCACUGACCUCAUGACGCUGCAGGCGUCCAGUCUGUCGUACUUCCAACAGACGGCCGAGGUGGCCAAGAUUCUCGAGGUGCGCGAUGGCGAGGAAGGUCUCACUACCGACGCUGUGAACGACAAGCUGCUCCAGACGUGAGCAGGGGCGUCGGGCCAGCAUUCGAUAUAGAUACUCUGCGGUACUGGGGGUUUGCGAUGAGGCGACGGAUCAUAUUCUGUCAUCUAGUUUAAGUGAUUUCCUCUAGCGAGGUCUUGGGUCCGAAUGCAUGCGCACUGAUUCCAAGCACCUGGCCACUGGCCACCGGUGCUGACUAGCUGGAAGGUGUGGUUCGUCG